UGGAAGACACGGACGUGGUCGGGUUGCGCUGGUUGGAUCUUAUCGAAUGAAUAUAAAUCUUGUCUUUAACUCAAAUUGCUGAAUGAAGGUAUCUGCAUAAUUAGAGCGGCUUGAUAUUCUGAAAGGUGGCCACUAAAAUUGACCUGCGUUAGAAGUGCAACGUUAGAAGUGCAACGUGCCGAAGGGUCUGGUGAUCUUAGGCUUCAUGUUAUUUUGUUCCUCGACGCAAAUAUUCAAAAAUGUCGACUCCAGCCGGCCUUCUCAACGUCACCACUGCUAUCCCGAAUGUUACAGAAGCUUCAAUGGAUGACGGGGGAGCCAGUGUGUAUACCAAACUGGUUCCCGCCCUAAUCGGCAUUAUAACCCUGGUUGGAUUGGUUGGUAACUCGAUCGUCGUCUACGUCAUCGUGUGCCAGGGACAUCUGAAGACGGUUACCAACUAUUACAUUGUGAAUCUUGCCAUAACUGACAUAUUCUUCCUGGUAUUCUGCGCACCUUUUACUGCGUCGAUUUAUGCAACACCGAGUUGGCUGUUUGGUCGCUUCAUGUGCAAGUUUGUCUUCUACAUGAUGCAGGCGACUGCCCAAGCAACAUGUGCCACCCUGACAGCAAUGAGUAUCGACCGUUACUAUGCCAUUACAGACCCGCUCAAGGCUCUCAAGACUCGUACACCGAGAGUGGCUAUCGUCGUCAGCGUCGGUAUCUGGACAUUCUCUGCAGUGCUUGCCAUACCAGUUGCAGUAUUCUUCGACAUCGAUGUCGUGCAGUUUCAAAACCAGACAUAUGACAUCUGCGAUGAAAUGUGGCCUCUCAAAAUCGUUAACCAGGGCUACGGCGUUUACUGCUUCGUGAUGCUGUACCUCAUACCACUAACAAUCAUCGUCGUUUGUUACUCCAUCGUGCUGAACCGUCUCUGGAAGGCUGUCUCACCCACCGAGGAGACCCACGCUCCCGUCCACCUUCGCAUGCUGAUACAGAAGAGACGAAUCACCCGUAUGAUCUUAGCUGUUAUAGUCGCAUUUGCCGCUUGUUGGAUUGGAACCCACAUCAUGUCGCUCUGGCGUCGCCUUGAUGUGAACUUCCCAAGAACAUCCACGUCCGCCCUUGUGUUUCAAACCAUCGCUCAUUUGUUAAUGUACUUCAACUCUUGCGUCAACCCGUUUGUGUACGCCUUUAUGGGUGGGAACUUCCGGAAACAGAUGGCCAGAGCGUUUCCUUUCUUAGCUGGGAAAAAGUCUGCUAUGACGGAAGGCCCAACUGGUAGUUUAAUCAAAUCGAAGUCCACGCAGGUUUAAACUGGUUAAAACUAUUGAUUGUAUGCUUAAAAGGUUUAGUUUUACAACGUUGAACAUGGAUAACACGUGAAGAACGAAACAACGAGAGAUGUCUGUCGUUGAACUACAAGGGUGAUUCGGACAAGUAUGUGACAAAACAAUGCGUUUGUUUCUCGGGAAGAUGUCUAAAAUUAUGAGUUGUAGGGCCUACCAUUAUCUUUAUUCCCAAAUUGAAGUCGAGUGCCUGGUAUUUACCCGACAGAAUUGUGUGUUCUUUAUGUAGCUCAUUGGCAAAGUCAAACGUGAAGCAAAACGGAGUAUAUCAUUGUACAUUUCCUGACUCUAAAUUCCAGACAGUGGUCGCAAUAAAGUGCGCCAUCAAGCUUUUGACCCGGGUUGUCACUAACUUGUUCACAGAGCUAUGGUACUGUUCUCUAUUUUAUUGACCGUAUACUAGAGAUCAUUGAGCAUUGACCGUGCUUACCACCAAUUUAAGCACUAAAGGUAUACCAUUCUUCUCUUACUGCAGUGCUGAACGAGGUUUAUCCGGACAUAAAAGAAACAUAACUUGUUGUCCAUGUAUCGACUGCAACGUAUGUACAUGCGGCAAACACCACAUUUGUGUUGUCAAUCAUGUAAUACAUAGACUGGGCCCAAUUUCAUGGCUCUGAUUACCGUAAGAUAGACUCGGCGCUUACGGAAGUAGAGAAUUCUGUGCUUA